GAGUCACUGCGAGUCAGUCGACUCAUGAGUGACUGUUGAUUACCUUUGUAGUCGAUUAACAAGGUUUUUGUUUAGUUUAAUAGCGUUAAAAGUUGUUAAUGUGAAAACAAAAAAUAGGUAUAAAAUUAUAAAGUAUUAAAAAUGGUGAUAUUAAAUUCCAGUAAACUAAUUUAUUUGAAAUGGAAUUCAUAUCCUACGAGAAUUAUAUCAAUAGGAAAGAUUUUAUCGUGUUCUUCAUACAGCACUAUCAACAACUAUAAUAAAAUAUAUACUAAUGUUAAUGAUGCGGUUAAAGAUAUCAAAGACGGCUCGAAAUUAUUAGUAGGCGGUUUUGGUUUGUGUGGAAUACCAGAAAAUCUUAUCAAAGCUGUAAACAGUAUGCCUGUGUCUAGGCUAACAGUUGUCUCAAAUAAUGCAGGAGUUGAAGACUUUGGACUCGGUAUAUUACUCAAGAAAAAACAAAUAAAAAGAAUGAUAUCGUCAUACGUAGGAGAAAAUGCUGAAUUUGAAAGACAAUUUUUGACUGGUGAAUUAGAAGUAGAGCUUACACCACAAGGGACAUUGGCUGAAAGAAUAAGAGCUGGCGGUGCUGGGGUACCGGCAUUCUUUACACCAACGGGAUACGGAACACUGAUUCAUGAAGGUGGAGCACCAAUAAAGUAUACCAAGGAUGGAAAGAUAGACAUCGCAAGUGCUACUCGUAAUGUACAACAAUUUAAUGGUAACAACUAUGUAAUGGAGGAGGCAAUCACAGGUGAUUUUGCACUAGUUAAAGCUUGGAAAGCUGACAAACAUGGUAACUUAAUAUUCAGAAAAAGUGCACGAAACUUUAAUCCAGCUAUGUGUAAGGCUGCAAGAAUUACAAUAGCUGAAGUAGAAGAGAUAGUCGAUGAAAUUGACCCAGACUUUGUGCAUGUGCCAUCAAUUUAUGUACAUAGGGUUAUUGUAGGAGAAAAAUUUGAAAAACGAAUCGAAAGGAGAACUGUUACUAAGCCGAUCCAAAAGGAGACAAAGUCUUCAGAUAAUAUGAGAGAAAGAAUAAUCAGGAGAGCUGCUUUAGAAUUUAAAGAUGGAAUGCAUGCUAACUUAGGAAUUGGAAUGCCAAUGUUAGCAAGUAACUAUAUUCCUAAGAAUAUUCAAGUUUUAUUACAAUCAGAGAAUGGUAUUCUUGGACUAGGACCGUUUCCCACUGAAGAACAAGUUGACCCUGACCUUAUCAAUGCUGGAAAGGAAACUGUUACAGUUCUCCCUGGUGCCUCGUAUUUCUCGUCAGACGAUAGUUUUGCUAUGAUUCGAGGAGGCCAUAUUGAUUUAACAAUUCUUGGGGCUAUGCAAGUUUCUCAGUAUGGCGAUCUUGCAAAUUGGAUGAUCCCAGGUAAAAUGGUAAAAGGUAUGGGAGGCGCGAUGGAUUUAGUAUCAGCGCCAAGAACGAAAGUCGUAGUGACAAUGGAGCACACCGCAAAAAAUGGUGCUCAUAAAAUAUUACCAAAAUGUAAUCUACCUCUCACUGGGAAAAAUUGCGUUGACAUGAUUAUAACAGAAAAGUGCGUAUUCGAAGUAGACAAGGAAAAAGGUCUAACUCUUACAGAACUGGCUGAAGGCGUAAAAGUAGAAGAUAUUCUUGUGAGCACAGGCUGUGAAUUUAAUGUCUCACCAAAUAUUAAAAGAAUGGGUGACAUUACAGAAGUUAUGAAUGAAUAAAACGGAUUAAUCUGACAUAAAUUAUUUAUAGUAAUAUCUGAUACAUUUUAAAAGGUUAUCAACGUUUUUAAGGAGUAAUCUUAUGUAUUAAGAAUCGAGAAUAUAAAUUUGUAGGUAUAUUUUUAUACUAUUGUGUACUUAUACUAUGUGUUUAUGUCAACCUUAAUAGUACCUACAUGAGUUUUAUAUACUAUUUUAUAAAUCAACAGAGUAUACUUAAAAGUUGUUGUUUAAGUGUUGUCGUUUGUCGAUACUAUUACGCACAUAAUCUCAAUAAAUAUAUUAAUUGUUAAUUGAAAUGUUAAUAAAAAUAUUUUUAACAAUGAA